AUGGUUGGAUUACAUCUUAACUUAUUAAGCUUUCAGUAUAUAGAAGAUUUGGAAUAUACACCAAAAGCUGAAUUUGAAGGAUACUUUAAAGUGACAAAUGUGAAGAAUGAGGAAGAACUUAUCAAAUCAUGCUUUGCUUAUAUGGCAGAGGUGAAACCUGGUAUUUAUGUCACAUACAAUGGUGACUUUUUUGAUUUUCCAUUCAUGGAAAGAAGGGCAGCUCAUCUUGGCUUGAUAAUUAAAACAUGUGAGUGUUAACGUCAGGAAUGAUUGAAUGUUGCAAUAUUGGCUUACUUCUCAUAGGUAUAUUUCCAUCAGUGUAGAAGAGCUUCACAAUCCCAUAAAAUGUGAACUUUGUGAAGGAAGCUAAGGAGGGGUAAUUUGGUAAUUUUAAAGCUAUAAACAUUAACCCUUUGAUGGAUAUGAAUGAAAAUAAUGAGGAAGUUACUACAAAGACCAAUGUAGCCUAUUGAACUUCUAUAGGGGUUGUUGGAGGGGCCAUGGGCAAUGACAUUUUUUCUAAACUCUAAAUCUUUAGGAAUCUACUGCUUGCGAUUUUUCCUAUUUUUUAGUAUUUGUUGAAAUUAGUUUUACAUCAUAUAUUGUAGAAGAAUGUAUGUUCAGAAAAAAUGCUGUUUUCUCUUUUUAAUAUUUGUUUAAAUUAGUCCCUGGUGUUAUUUUAAUGAUAUAG